AUACAGUCAUAACAUAAAUAAAUAAAAAAGAGGAAGAGCGAACGUAAAAAACAAUAAUACUUUAAAAAUCUUUGAGCUGAUAUAAAUAUAAAAUGGGUUGCGAUGGUGGCACUAUACCCAAGCGGGAUGAGCUGGUGCGCGUCAAGCAAAAGCCAGAACAGAAAGACAAAGACGCAGAGCGAGAAUUUCGUUGGUUGCACUGUGCGCUGACCCAGCAGCGUUUGCAGGAACCAAUUGCUAUGUGCACAAUGGGACGCCUGUAUUCCAAGCAGAGCGUCAUCGAACGUUUGCUAGAGAAGGUGGAAAUGCCCGAGAUCUCGGCGCACGUGCGCAGUCUGAAGGACAUCAAGACGCUGCAACUAACUCCAAAUCCAGCAUUCACGGAUGAGGACAAGACCGAGGGUCUGCUGGACACACGGCAUGCGCCUUACAUCUGCAAACUAAUUGGUCUGGAGAUGUCGGGCAAGUUCCGCUUUGUUGCGCUGUGGACCUGCGGCUGCGUUAUGUCAGAGCGGGCCCUGAAACAGCUCAAAGGCAACAUGGCCAGUGUGUGUCCACUUUGCCAGGCACCCUACAGCGUGGAGGACGUCAUUGUGCUUAAUGGCAAUGAUGAGGAUUUGGAGCUUAUGAAAGUUAAGUGUGAAAUGCGUACUGCUAAGCGCAAGUCCGCCAAGAAGGACAAAAAGGAUGCAAAGAAAACAGAAACCUGUGUAAAAUCAGAAACCGCUGAUGCAGCUGCCUCUACCUCCACUAAGAUAAACAAGACCUCCACCAGCAAUGGAAACGCGAACAAACUGAAAAUUGCAGCCAAUCCCAAGCGCCUGGGCGCGGUUAAUGCAAUGCAAGAUCCAGAAUUAAAGCGCCUUAAGACAGACUUCAGUGUAGCCAAAGACCCGAAGGCCAGCGAUGUGUACAAAUCUCUGUUUACCAGUCACAAAACCGACAAGGAACAGGAGCGCGCUCACUGGAUCACCUACAAUCCGUUCUACAAUUAGUCGCCUCUCCCCCCAAAUAGUUGUAAACUCUAAACUUAAAACAAUUUAGUUUGCCGUACGUUUUCAAUCAUUGUAUCCAUUUGGUUGUACUGAGACAAUUCAGUAGCUGCCGUUUCAUUUUACAAAUAGUAACUGAUAUAAAUUACACAAAAUAUUUCAAUA